AUGGCCUCUUGCUGGAAUAGCCAGGGACGAAAUGCAUCCAGAAAUUUGACCACUUUGAUCUACAAUAGCGGGUCUGCCCUAGAUAUUGAGAUCAGCUAUGUGAAGGUGACCUGUCGAAAAAAACGGCCCCGGCCCCAUGAUAUCCGAGUCCAUUGGCCCGUUGUUAGCAUGAAGUCCUGGUGCCAAUUUGUUUUCAAGAACCACCCCUGCCUUCUUCUUGGUGGCGCAGGUUAUGAGAACAGGGCUGCUUGGGAAUCAACCUUUGAAACAUUUUGGUCCCGGUACAGAACCAUACGGCCAAAUCAUUGUUUGUUUUCUUCGGGCAAACCGCUGCGUCGCUGCAUCCCCUUCGUGACCCAUGGGGAUGAAGGCGUUACUCACCGACGAGUGCCUUUCAUGGUUCAAUCAUGGCAGCCAGUCGUGAGUUACAAAGGAACUGCGUUCACAGCUGUUUCUGGGAACUCAUUCUGCAGCCGAUUUUUGUUCUGCUGCAUGUCAGCCUCGGCUUUCAGCGGAGACAAGACUUUGCACGAGCUCAACACUGCCUGGACUGAAGAGAUGUUGGACCUUUUUCAUCACGGGUAUCAGGAUGCUUCGUCUACGGUGUAUCUCAUCUGGUUGGGAUGCAAGGGGGACUGGAAAUAUCUUCGAUCUGCAUGGUACCUUGAGACUGGCUUCACGAGCAAGAGGAAGUGUCACCUCUGCAGUUCCGAGGAGUGGUGGAAUCCCAGCGUCGAAGCGGAAAGUCGAAGAAGCUUUCCUGGCCCUGACCCUUUUAAACCUGGGGUGCGUUCACCAUUUCGUCGGCUACCUUCCUGUGAGCCCUCUAGCAUUUUGGUCGACAGUGCGCACAGCUUCCACAUCAAAGGGAUUGGUGUGGAUUGGUGUGCAUCAUGCAUAGUUUUGGGCUGCUUCAAAGGUCUUUGGGGCCAAGGGAGCUUGGAUGCCAAGCUGGAAAGAGCUCACAAGGAGUUCCAAGAGUAUUGCGUGCGUGAGCGCAGGGUCACUAGCUGCGAUGUCUGGUCCAAACUCAAGUUUGACAUGACUACGAACAAGUCCUUUCCCCUAUCCAUUGCUGGCAAAGGCUUCGACACAGCAGUCUGCUGCAUCUGGCUUGAAGAUUGCUUUACCCACAAGGACCUGAAUGCAGAUGUUGAACUUGGCAUCGCUCUUUACUCCCUGAGACAAAUCAACAAGUUCUUCCGGACACUGCAUGCAUCGGGAUUGUGGAUAACAGCUGAGCAGCAAUCAGAGCUUCAGGGGUUAGCCCGCAAAUUUUGUGAAGGCUUCGGACAACUUGCCUCCAGACGGGCAAGUGCAGGUUACCGUAUGUACAAAAUUCGCCCAAAAAUGCACAUGUUCUUAGAGCUUACCCGGCAGAACGCCGGUCCUGAGUGGGCAUUGAAUUGUUUGAAUGCCAGUUGCUGGAAUGAUGAGGAUUUUAUUGGAAGAGUUUCUUCCAUAUCCCGAUCUUGCUAUGGAUUGGGAAUUUCACAGGCUUUGCGUACCACCCAAAGAGCCCUGGGUAGGUAUAGGGUUCAGUUCAGGGUCCUCCGAUCAUGGAACAUGAAUGACUUGGCAGCCGGACGUCGGUGA